GUUUCACCAUUCUCAUAAACACUCACCAAACAUAAAAAAAUAACUACUCUCAAUCCCCGCCACCAACAUCGCCGUUAACAACACCUCCACCACCACCAUCACCAUCACCUCCUCCUCCUCCUCCCGAUUACCCAUGCAUUUUUCAAAACUCUAAUAAAAAACUCAGAUUAUGUAGCUUCUCACCAUUUCAUGUACGCAUAAAUCAGACCCACAAAAUUUUCGAGAAUUGAAGCAUCAAAGUUAUACAACAACCCAUUUUCCGUUAAUUUUUUUAUUUUGGUUUUGGAUUGGUUUUGAGGAGAAGGGUCCGCUAAUGUGAUCGUUCAUGGCGGACAUAGUGAAACAAAUCUUAGUUAAACCAAUUCAAUUGGCCGAUCAGGUGAUAAAAGCCUCCGGCGACACCAUCUCUUUCCGGCAGGAAUGCCUCGAAAUCAAGGUGAAAACCGAGAAACUCGCAGGGCUGCUCCGGCAAGCCGCCAGGGCCAGCGGCGACCUGUAUGAGCGCCCGACCCGGCGGAUUAUCGACGAUACUGAGCAAGUACUCGAUAAGGCCUUAACCCUCGUGUUCAAAAGCCGGGCCAAUGGAUUAAGAAAGGUUUUCACAAUUAUCCCCACAGCAGCAUUCAGGAAAACCUCACAACAAUUGGAGAAUUCCAUAGGUGAUGUUUCAUGGCUUCUUCGAGUCUCAACCCCGGCUGAUGAUCGGGCCGAUGAGUAUCUCGGGCUGCCCCCUAUCGCGUCGAACGAGCCGAUUCUGUGCUUGAUAUGGGAGCAGAUUGCGAUUUUAUGUUCAGGUUCGUUAGAGGAACGUUCUGAUGCGGCUGCUUCACUUGUUUCCCUGGCUCGAGACAAUGAUAGGUACGGAAAAUUGAUCAUUGAGGAAGGUGGGGUUGCACCAUUGUUGAAAUUGGCCAAGGAAGGAAGAAUGGAGGCUCAAGAAAAUGCUGCAAGGGCAAUAGGGCUAUUAGGCAGGGACCCUGAAUGUGUAGAACCCAUUGUUAAUGCUGGUGUUUGUUCAGUCUUUGCUAAAAUACUCAAAGAAGGGCAUAUGAAAGUUCAGGUUGUGGUGGCUUGGGCCGUAUCGGAAUUGGCUGCGCAUCAUCCGAAAUGCCAGGAUCAUUUUGCUCAGGAUAACACAAUAAGAUUGCUUGUUAGCCAUCUAGCAUUCGAGACGAUUCAAGAACAUAGCAAGUAUGCCAUUGCGAGCAACAAACAAGCCAUGUCGAUUCACACGGUUGUGAUGGCUAAUUCCAACUCGAUAGACCAGACGAGUAGUAAUAGGAACGAGGAUGAGUUUCAAAGCACGAUUUCUCAUCCGACUGGGAAUGACACGACAAGCCAAAUGCACAACGUUGUGGCGAAUACUAUGGCUAUGAAAUCGAACGUGCCUUCAAAAGGGAACGUGCAGCUUCAAGCUAACAAUCCCAAGGCAAAUCAUAAGAACACGAAAACAAAUCAAAACCAGGUGCACCACCAGAAUCAGCAGCAGCAGAAGCACCAAGUUGCCUUGACAGGAACUAGCAUUAAGGGUAGGGAAUUUGAAGACCCUACUACUAAGGCAGAAAUGAAGGCAAUGGCUGCUAGGGCCCUUAGAUACCUCUGUGCUGGGAACAUUACUAUUUGUCAUAGUAUAACCGAAUCCCGAGCGCUUUUAUGCUUUGCGGUUUUGUUGGAGAAAGGCCCUGAUGAAGUUCAAUACAAUUCCGCCAUGGCAUUGAUGGAGAUUACAGCAGUAGCCGAGAAAAACGAAGAAUUGAGACGUUCAGCUUUCAAACCUACUGCACCGGCUGCUAAAGCAGUAGUCGACCAGUUCUUGCGAAUCAUCGACAAAGCAGACUCGGAACUCCUCAUUCCAAGCAUUAUAUCUAUUGGGAAUUUGGCCAGAACUUUCCGAGCAACAGAAACAAGAAUUAUUGGUCCAUUGGUGCAUCUCCUCGAUGAUAGGGAACCCGAGGUUACAAGUGAGGCAGCGAUCGCAUUGAGCAAGUUCGCAUGUACGGAUAAUUUUCUCCAUGUCAAUCAUUCUAAGUCCAUAAUUGAUGCAGGAGGCGCUAAGCACCUAAUCCCAUCUAUAUACUUUGGUGAGCAAAUGGUACAAAUUCCUUCAUUUAUAUUACUAUGUUACCUUGCAUUGCAUGUACCAGAUAGCGAGGCGUUAGCCAAUGAAGAUGUGCUCAUCGUGUUGGAAUGGGCAACGAAGCAGAAUCAUUUGAUGCAGGAUUCGAUGAUCGAGAACUUAGUUUCUGAAGGGAAAAAGAGAUUGGAACUCUACCAAUCCAGAGGCUCCAAAGGGUACCUCUGAUUUAAUCACAUUGUAUAAAUUUUGGAUUCUUUAAUGUCAUGUUUUGUCAUUCUCAUAAACCAAUCGUGCAGCAUAGUAUUUAUCAUUCUUGUGGUUAUUGAAUACAUUCUUUGUUUGAAACAAUUUGUCAACUUCAA